AUGACACGCACCAACACUUUCAUGUCAGCUCGCGCGCUCAGGCUCCACAGCAGGAGCAGCAACAACAGCUUUGUCCCGCACAAAACGAUCAAACGGCGUUCAGUACGGGACAGAUCCCGCAGCCUCUCACUGCAGCAUGGCAACAGAGUUGCAUAACCUCAAGGACAUACAGCACACUGCAUCGCUGGUUACAAAGGUCUUUAUACAACGAGACUACAGUGAAGGAACUGUGUGCCGAUUCCAGACCAAAUUCCCCACAGAGCUUAACAACAAGAUAGAGAGAGCUCUGCUUGAGCAGACAGUGAAGACACUUAACUUGUAUUACAUGGAGGCUGAAAAAGUUGGAGGUCAGUCAUACCUGGAAGGAUGUCUAGCUUGUGCAACAGCAUACAUUGUAUUCUUCUGCAUGGAAACACGCUACGAGAAGGUCUUGAAGAAGAUAUCAGGCUACAUCCAGGAGCAGAAUGAGAAGAUCUACGCCCCAAGAGGUCUGCUGCUCACAGACCCCAUAGAGAGAGGAAUGAGGGUUCUAGAGAUUAGCAUUUUUGAAGAUCAAGGCUCAAGUGGCUCCAGUCCUAGCAGCGGCAUGUCAUCAUGUAGCACUGCUCGAUGACUGGAGGGGCAGCACCAGGCUUACGGGUACCAACACAGGGGCAGCGAGACACUCACUAGCAUCCGCAUGCUGAAACAUGAGAGCACCAGAUUCUAAAGAAAAGCAUCAAGACAGAAAGCCAUGGAGGUAAUCCAGAAGUACAGACCUCUUCCUGCUAAGAGCUUCAACUAACUACCCUGAAAGAAGGUUCUGGAUCUACAAAAGCUGUAGCUACUAAACAGGAUUAAAGGUCAUAGCUACAACUUUUUCAUCUAAAUUAUUUUUUUUUUAAUAAUUAUUCCUCAUAAAAUCUGGAGUGGUGCAGAGUAAAGGUAUUAAUUCCAUUGAAAAACUUAUAUAUGGUCUAUAAAUAACUGUUUUAUAAAAGUUGCUUGGUCCAAAAUUAAUAAAUAUUUACUUCUGCUUCUGAUGGCAAAGUCGACAUCAAAGGAUUCUGUACCAAUCAAAUUAGUAGGUGGAAGUCAUGUGAGACAGUGCUCAGACAUUGCCAGAUUCUUAUAGCCCCGUAAUAUAGCUGGGAAAUAACUUCUUUCCGACCAGCAGGUGUUAAAAUUGUAGCUAUUACCUUUCAAAUAUGUCAACAGAUUUCACAUAUCAUCUUAUGAGAAAAUGCAGCAUCCAGUGUCUCUUAAACUCUUAAAAAGUUAUCCAAGGUAAUCCUUGUUAACCCAUUUCAUCCUGUCUUUUACAAUAAGUCACAUAUUGUACAUUUUAGUGUAUCCUGCAAGUUCAUCUUUGAUCAGAACUGUCGUCAGUGUGUGAAUAGCAUCAUUUUACUGUCAUUGUUAUUAUACUGUAUGCUCAUUCACAGUCUGGGUAUUCACAAGUCUUUGUAACAACUCCGCCACUAUGAGCAGAACUUACUGCUUCCCAGCAGACAUAUUGUUCUUGUUUCUUACACUUGUUUCAAGUAGUUGAGGUCAAGUUGUAUUGAAUGUGGGCAAAUUAAGGCAUGGGGUAUUAGGUAGAGGUAUUUGGCAUAAAUAUCUAGCUGGGACCAGUUUGAUUCCUUUAUCUUUUUUACUCUCAAGAGUGGAUCAAGUGAUCUGCAUAACAGCUGCAGGUCACGCCUUGGCACACACAUGCAGACAUAUUCAGAUAAUAUACCCAACCACUGCAUAUGAGGGCAAUAAAGGGGACAUGUGCACAUCAGGUAUAUGCAUAGACACUCAUGUGUAUGUAACAUGUACUUAUGUACUCAUUUUAUAAACCCAGAAAAUAUUCAAUAUGGUUUUAGCUUACUGGGAACCUCAGACUCUAUUAUAGUUUUGAUGUCUGGCAGUGUUUAUGAUUUUGACAUCAGUUGCAGUCUGGUUUGAGAUGAAAGCUUGCAGAAUUAACACUGUCAAAACCUUUUCCCUAACAGACUUGGUGGCUUCUUAGGAAAGCUGAAAGAGUGUGGGUUGUUAUCCGUGGAGCUGGAGACUGUACAGUCAUUAAGCAGAGAAAUGUGUUCCAGUUUGUGUGUAGGAGCUUGCAGGAGAACCGGCUAACAGAGAUCUCAAGAAAUUAACCUCUUUUAGCCUGUUUUUCCUUGCUGUUGUGUAGAUACAGGUUGAAUUAGAAAUUCAAACACAAAAAAGGCAAUAGAUAAUCUACAAAUGUACUGAAACGAACUUGGACACUAUUCUAUAAAGACAUGAAUGACAGCUAUGUAUAAUUUCAAUAAGGGUUUUCCAAAAAAAGAAAUUUGAAAACAAUCCACUGGACUUUGUUUCCAAGUUUGAAGAUGUUUCGCUUGUCAGGAAUAGUGUUGAGUUUGAGGUUUUCUACAGUAGCCCAUCAAAAUCUUGUUUUUGUUUUGAAAACAUGCAAAUUGAAACAGACGAAGGGGCCCACUCCUUUGGAAUGUGGGUCGUUUGGCUUCUUUUGUUAGCCUGCAAUGCCCCAUACCUGUCUAAGUGUCUGAAAGGGGUGUUGUUAAAGGGAAUUGUUGGCUUGGCUGAAAAGGUGAGUUCCACUGCUCUCCUGUGCAGGGGCUGGGACUGCGAUGAUAGCAGGAAGGGGUUAACCCAAUUGCUGCAUUGUAGGUAUUUAAAAAGCUGAAACCUGGAUCCACCCCCUCUGUUUAUGGCUAGUUUUUCUUUCAUAGAUGGCUUCCUUCACGCCCCUCUCCAACCACUAACCAAUAGGGGUGGUUGUGGGUAAACGAUAAUUUUUAAUUAUUGCUCAUAUAUUAAAGAUAUAUAAAUCAAUAUAGAAAAAACACAAUUCCAAUUCUUUUAAAUAUUUAAAAUUUCAGCAUCAUAGGGAGCAUCAUUAUUUGAAAGAAAUUAAAUAAAGUUAUGUACCUUUUAGUUGUUGUGUAAAAAACAUGAUUACUUUAGGAUUAAGUUUAUUAUACCCUGGGAAAUGGCCUUGUCUAAGAGUCUCAAGUGUACAAAACCACAUAAAUAUGAUGCCAAAAUUAUGUAAGUAGUUAAAAAGUUCAGGCUUCUCAAGAACCUCAGAUGUACAUAAUAUAAAAAAAAUGUAAUUCUAAAGUAUGAGUUUUAUCCACUACAAAUCUUAGCUGAAACAACGCUAAAAGAAAAAAAUGGCUCACACUUUGCCUCUUAAAGGUAUACUAUGCAACCGGUGUUGAUUUUCC